UUGUCCGCACACACAAUCAUCAACACCCCACCAAGCCCCACCCCAUCCACUCACACACCACCCUAGCACCAUCAUGGCUCGCAAGUUCCUGAUCGGAGGAAACUGGAAGUGCAACGGAACCAGAGAGAAUGUGGCAGCAUUGGUGGAGGUGCUUAACGAAGGAGGGGAAUUCCCUGACAACGCCGAGGUGGUGGUGGCACCUCCCUCCAUCUUCCUGCAGACCGUUAAGGAUACGAUCCGCCCCGACAUCAAGGUGUCCACCCAGAACGUUGGCAAGAACGUAAGGCCUGGAGCUUACACCGGCGAGCUCUGCGCUUCCAUGAUCAAAGACUUCGGGGUUGAGUGGGUGAUCACGGGACACUCUGAGAGGCGGGUUGGUUUCGGCUGCGCGGGAGAGAGCUCGGACCUUAUCGCGGAAAAGUCCAAGGUGGCUUUGGACUGCGGGCUGAACGUGAUCAUGUGCAUCGGGGAGAGCCUUGCAGUGCGGGAGGCCAACCAAACCCUCGAGCUGGUGCUGGAAGACCACAUGGCGGCCUUCUUGAAGACCCUCGAGGAGGCGGACUGGUCCCGGGUAGUAGUAGCGUACGAGCCAGUCUGGGCCAUCGGCACCGGCGUUACCGCAUCCCCCGCACAGGCACAAGAGGUGCACUCGGCAAUCCGCGCAUGGGUCGGCGAGAAGGUUUCCCCCGCCGUCGCAGAGUCUCUCCGCAUCAUCUACGGGGGCUCUGUGAAGUCUUCCAACGCGGCAGAACUGGCAACGUGCCCAGACAUCGAUGGCUUCCUUGUGGGCGGCGCCAGCCUUAAGCCCGACUUCGUGGACAUCAUCAAGGCUGUUGAGGGAAAGUAAAACCCGUCGCCACGGAGUAUCUUGCUCACGUCCACCCGCUGUAACCAUUGGCCCGUUCGUUGGUCGAGUAGAUGUUGUUCCGGGCCAGUGGGCUCCGGAAUCUUCUUGCCCGGUUUAUGGUUCGUGACGGAGAGGAUUGGGCAUCCCGGCAACCGGUUAGGAGCCUUGGUUGGCCGGUUUGAAUCGAUUUGUUUGGGUUGUCCUUGCGUACUGUAAUAGUUUAGUCUGUCCGGGGACGACAACGCCGUUGUUGUCACCUGUUUUUUUUUUUUUUUGAAGUGUUUUCGGUCGGGGGGCCGGCCGUUCGUUGUUGCUCGCGGGGUUCGCCGCAGGCGCAGGUGGUUCGCCCCCCUGAUCGACCGACCUCUUUGAUUGGUGUUGUGGGUUGGAUUGGAUUGUGUCGAACGUAUACGCCUGUUUAAUCGCGAGCCAGAAUGUGGACUGUUGAAUGGCUCUGGAGAGACUUGUCAUCAGCAUGCCGUAAGCUGUAGCGGUCCUACCUUCGCUGUGAAGUGUUUAGGGAAAGGGCGGUGGGCGAACGCGUUGUCACAGCGAACCGUUGAUCUGUGGGAGUUUCGCGCGGUGGGAUAGAUGUCUGUUGAUCAGCGGUCGCUAUGAUACGUCUCACGCAUAGGAUUGGCUUUCUCUGUAGGUGGUACAGGUUAAAAGCUGAUGAUGCGGUUGAUUGCCGGAAGCUGCACGGUUCAUGCGUGUGCCAUGGUCGACACUCCCCCUUGCUGAUGGUGGCCGUUGGCACAUACCAGGUACUUCUUAUCGAAGAGCCGCAACAGGCAAAAAAUGGUACGAUGGAGGCUGUGGGUGGGGGUGAAAUCUCUUUUGUCUCCUCUUUCCUUCACGUGACCAUGGUUUUACUUUGUGUUGUCGUUCUGGGGUAGAAAUCGUGUCACAUGGGAAGUAACGGCUGUCACGCGGGCACCUGUUCUCGUAUCACGCGGCGACGGACAGAAUAGGGCAGAAUCACACAAGUAGGAUAACCUGGUGUAUCGCCAGGGGCGUCGUUUUCAUAGCAGCCCUGCUGUGCACACCCUGUGCAUUCUGUUGGCUGUUUCAAUACGGAAACCCCGUGCCAUGCUUGUUCUGGCAGCAGGGCGGUCGCGCGACUCGACAAUCCAGACUAGAGUUGGUUUUGGUGCUUCAUACCAUACGUAUUCUUGGGUGUUCCCUGCUGCCGUAACCCCGCAAUUGCUGUUAGUGCCCCGUCAGUUGAAGCUGAGAACGCGGUGCCGCUCAAUCCUUAAGACGACU